GGCCUGCCUGCCGGCCGGGCCGAGUCGAGGAGCAAUACUCGGCGAGUCACACACGGGGCGAAUCAGUGUAGUGUGCGAAGAGCCUCUCUGCCAUUUGCGCGUCGGUACGCGGCUACUACGCGACGCAACUAGUGUGCUGUUCAACCAGAAUUCUUUUACCUCGUUCGCUUUUUAACGUUCGUUUCUGCUUACCGGUGCGUAGAAGUACGAUCGGAGUUCUGAUAAAUCGUGGUGCGUGUAUUUUUUAUACAUAAGUAUAUCCCGAAUCAGUUUAUCGACCACGCGCGCUUAAUCGAUCACCAUGGCGGAUACUGAGACUAAAGACACCAAAGUCGCUACGACUCCCGAGAAGAAAGUGGUAGAGGAAGAAAAGAAGGUAGUACAAGAAGUUGAUGAAGAUUCGAAAGCAUCUGAAAAUGGUGAUGCCCAAGAAACCAAAGAAAAUGGAUCGAACGAAGAGAAAGAAGAAUCCGAGAGCAAGGAGCCAGAAUCAACAGAGAAUGGUGAUUCAACAGAUGCUCCAGUUGACAGUUGUUGUAUAAAAAGGAAAUCAACAACGUUAAGCGAUGCAACGUCGGAGGAUGGUUCAGCAACCGACGGGGCGAGUCCUGAAAAAAAAUCGAAACUCGAAGAAAAGUGUGCUGAAACGGAGAGCAACGGGGAGGCAGAAGCCACGGCCUAAUAAUAAUAUUUUUUACUAUUAACAUUUAUCUGCAAAACUUAAUCCUAUAGAUGCAAAUGUUUUUAAAAAAGAAACACGGCUAACUUAAAGUUCCCAGGACAAUUUGUUAUCAUUAUCGAUGCGACGAAAAACGUCAGAAGAAUACAAAGAAUUUUCAAUCAUCAUCGUACAUUAACGACUCUCUUUUGUGUUCAGACAUUUGUACGCGUGUUUAUUGAAAUCACUCGCUCUUUCUCCAAUUACCGAACUCAGACAUAGCAUUAUCAAUUCUACGACGCAUCAUCGUAACAUUGUACUGUUCACCACGUUUCCUAAGUUUUCAAUGUUCUGUAAUUACCUACAUAUGUAUUACACGCACGUGGUGUUGAAAUUUAUGAAAUAAGAAAAGAUUAUUAUAAAUAAUAUAUUUCUGAUACAUAAAUAAAAAAUUAGAUGAUGGUGUGGUGCUUGAGAAGAUUA